AUGGACAUCCCCACCCUCUUCUCCGUCCGCAACAAAACCGUUCUCAUCACCGGCGGCGGCAAAGGCAUCGGCCUCAUGAUCUCGCGCGGCUUCAUCGCCAACGGCGCAAAAGUGUACAUCACCUCGCGCGACGCCACUGCGCUCUCUACCGCCUGCGACGAGCUCAACGCCAUGGGACCCGGCACGGCGCACGCCAUCCCGGCAGACCUGUACAAGCUGUCCGACUGCGAAGCGCUCGUCAAGGAGCUGGAGAAGCGCGAGGAGCGCCUGCACGUGCUGGUGAACAACUCGGGGAGCAACUGGGGCGAGGGGUAUGACAGCUACCCCGAGUCCGCGUGGGACCGCGUGCUCACGCUGAAUCUGAAGAGGGUGUUUACGGUCACGCAGAUGUGUACGCCGCUGCUGGAGCGCGGGGCGGUGAAGGGGGUGGGGGAGGGAGUGGGGGAUCCGGCGAGGAUUAUUAAUAUUGGGAGUGUGGAUGGGAUUGCGGUGCCGGCGUUGGAGACUUUUGCAUACUCCGCCAGCAAAGCGGGCCUCCACCACCUCUCCGAGGUCCUCGCACACCACCUCGGAAAACGAAACAUCACCGUCAACACCCUCGCCUGCGGCCCCUUCGAAAGCAAAAUGAUGGCGGCGACCCUAAAAAAGAUGCGCAGCCACAUCGAGGCCUCGAUCCCGCUCGGCCGCAUCGGCACCCCCGAGGACGUGGCCGGCUGCUGCCUCUUCCUUGCCAGUCGCGCGGGAGCAUAUGUCAAUGGUGCGACGAUUACGGUUGAUGGUGGUGGGGUUGUGAGUCCGAAAUUGUAG